CUCAUCUCUCCCUUCUCUCCUGCUGGUGUUGUGGUUCGUCGGCCGACUUCUGCGAUAUUUUUCCUGUCUUCUUCCGGUUCGCGCCGCUGAUUUUGGGGUCAUAUCGAUCCAGACGAUAUGGGUUCCUCAAAUCAGCCUCUAAUUUCUUCGAAGGAAGGUUCUCUUUCUCGAAUUUUUUCGUAACUUUUGGCUGGUUUUGUCGUUUUUCUCCGGUUUACCUCGAAAUCAGCGAGCUUUUGAGGAAUUGUUAGCUGAUUUGUGCUUCUAGCGGACUUUGGGGAAUUUGAUAUGUUGCUACUGUUUGGUUCGCGGAAGACGUCUAAUUUUGGUAUUUUUCGUUCCAUCUGAAAUGUGACGCAGGCAUUUGAGCAGAUUUAGGUCCCGGAGUGACAUUGAUGUUGUUGAUGUUUGUCGGCGUUUUAAUCGGAGCUAUUUGUCGUCGUUAAUAAGUGAAAUUGGCUUUCUCUAGUGAAAAAGUUGCUGUUUUUUCAAUUUUUGAGUGCUUUUGUUUUGGGCUUUGUGAUUGGUAUGUGGGUUUCACUCGUUUGGAUCUGCGGGUGCGUGGGUGUCAUGUUUUUAGAUUUCUGGGGGAGCAGUGAGACGAUUUAGGAGCUCCAUUGACCACCGUGUUCUCCCUCUUGGGGUGUUUGUGCGCUUAGAAUACACUUAGAGCAAAUCUCGGGCUAUUGAAUUGCUUUGAGGUUUUUGCCUUGAUGGAGACCAGAAUUGGGAGCAAGAGCCAUCAGUUUCUGGCUGCUGGGACAUCUAAUGUUAAUGUGAUUGGGCAGAAGGGCGUCGAGUGGGAUUUGAAUGACUGGAGAUGGGAUGGUGAACACUUUGUUGCAACCCCCUUGGAUGCGGUCCCUGCAGAUUGCUGGAGCAAACAUCUGCGCCAGGAUGCAGCUAAAGGAUUGGUGUUGAAUAGCCCAUCAUCUUCCUCCGAAGGUGCUGAUUGUGGACUAGUUGAGAAGGAUAAUGGCGAGUCGGAGAAGAAGAGGAGGAUUGUAGUGGUGGAAGAGGAUGAAUCUUGUGGUGGAGCAGGAUCCCUUAGCUUAAGACUUGGGGGACAUGCAUAUCCAGUCGUGGAAUCUGAUUUUGCAAAUUGGGAAGUAAAGAAUGAAAAGAAAAACAAAUCACAAGGAGGCAGUUCUAGUAAUCCAACUUGCCAGGUUGAAGGUUGUGAUGCUGACCUCUGUGAUUCAAGGGACUACCAUAGGCGGCACAAGGUCUGUGAGAUGCAUGCAAAAGCCAGUUCAGCAAUUGUCAGAAAUGCUAUUCAACGAUUCUGCCAGCAAUGUAGUAGAUUUCAUCUCCUUGAAGAGUUUGAUGAAGGGAAAAGAAGUUGCCGGCGACGUUUAGCUGGCCACAAUAGGCGUAGGAGGAAAAAUCAUCCUGAUGACAAUGUCAAUGGGAGUUCUUCUAUUGAUGAAAGGGCUAGCAGCUAUUUGUUGAUAAGUCUACUUAGGAUCCUAUCCAAUCUGCAAUCCAAUAACUCUGAACGAUCACAAGAUCAGGAGCUAUUGACUCAUUUUUUAAGUAACCUUGGCACCCUCGCUAAUUCCUUGGAUCCAAGUGACCUUUCUCGACUCCUACGGGCAGCUCAGGAUCCACCAAAGCUUGUAACUACAGCUGGAACAUCCUCAGAAGCAAUUAUUACUUCUGUUCCAAAUGGUGUUCCUGAGCAAGAUUCUAGAAGGCCCUUGGGUUCGGCAGCUAAAAUGACUUGCACCCCUGGUGUUCAGGGUCCUCCACAGGAAACUGAUCAUGUCCCAUCUGUUGCUGAUGUUCCUAAAAUAGGAAGAGAAUCUUCUGAAGAGCUUGUCAUUGAUAGAGUCAGAAUGAAGGACUUUGAUUUGAACAGUGAUCCACGAGAUUGCAAAAAAGGAGAGAUGCCAGCAACAUCUUUGUGCACUGGGAUAGGAUCUCCUAAUGUUCCUUCAUGGUUGCUGCAGAAUACUUGUCAGUUAAGUCCACCUCAAACUAGUGGCAAUUCAGAUUCAACAUCCAACCACACUCAAUCCAGGUCCCAUGGAGAUGCUCAGUGUCGAACAGAUAGAAUCAUCUUCAAACUCUUUGGCAAAAACCCUCAUGAUCUUCCUCUUGUCUUGCGAGCACAAAUUCUUGAUUGGUUAUCCAAUAGUCCAACAGAUAUUGAGAGCUACAUUAGGCCAGGUUGCAUAAUUCUGACAAUAUACCUUCGUCAACCUGAGUUCGCCUGGGCACAGCUCUGCAAUGAUUUAAGCUCCUACUUAGCUAGGCUUUUGCAUAACUCUCAUGAUUUCUGGACAACGGGAUGGAUCUUUGCUAGGGUACAAAACUAUGCAGCUUUUAUUUAUGAUGGUCAGGUUGUGCUAGACAUGCCUUUACUUGUUGGACAUUCCAACCAUUGUAAGAUCUUGUCUGUCACGCCUAUCGCAGUUUCUCAUUCUACAAAUGUCAAUUUUACUGUGAAAGGCUUUAAUAUUGUUCAACCAACAUCUAGGUUACUAUGUUCAUUUGAUGGAAAAUACCUGUUCCAAGAAACAACACAAGAUCUAGUUGAGGGGUUCAGUAGAUGUGCAGGGCAUGAGUCAGCUCAGUGCCUGAGCUUUUCCUGUUUGCUACCUGAUAAAACAGGGAGAGGAUUCAUUGAGCUUGAAGACUGUGGGCUUACCAAUGGAUUCUUCCCUUUCAUAGUCGCGGAUGAAGAUGUAUGCUCUGAGAUCCGUGUGCUGGAGAAAUCUAUUAAUGUGGGUUCAUGUGAUGACCAACUUCAGGAAAGAAAAGAUACAGACAACGCUAGAAAUCAAGCUCUGGACUUUAUAAACGAACUUGGGUGGCUUCUCCGAAGGAAUCAUAUGGUGUCCAUUUCUCGAGAAUCUAAAUUAUCUCGAAAUUUGUUUCCCCUGCCACGUUUUAGGUGGCUUAUGUCAUUUGCUAUGAAUAGGGAGUGGGCUGCAGUGGUGAAGAAACUUCUAGAUAUUUUAUUCAGUGGAACAGUAGAUGCAGGCGGGCAAUCAUCUAUGGAGCUUGCUUUGUCUGUAAAUCUGCUUCACAGUGCCGUACAAAUAAAUUCAAAGGCCAUGGUAGAACUUCUAUUGAGAUAUAAACCCAGUAAACCUUCAAAGCAGAUGGAUCCUGAUCAGUUCUUGUUCAGACCUGACAUGCUUGGCCCAUCUGGGUUAACUCCACUCCAUAUCGCAUCCUCCACCAGUGGUGCUGAGAGCAUAUUGGAUGCACUUACUAAUGAUCCUGGACAGCUGGGAAUCAACGCAUGGAAGAAUCUACGUGACAGCACCGGAUUCACUCCCAAAGACUAUGCCCUUGUUCGUGGCCAUGAUUCCUAUUUAAGAUUGGUUCAAAACAAAAUCGAUAAGCAAUUUCAUCUGAAUCAGGUGGUCCUCAACAUUUCUGGAGAUGCCUCCUAUAAGACAGUAGAUGUGCUAAAAUCUGUUAAAGCAGAUGCUUCAGAUAGAACGACUUGGUUGAGCUCAAAACAGCCACCAUCUUGCAACCGAUGCAGCCAACAGCUUGUUUACCAGAACUCUGUGGCAAGGACAAUGUUGUACAGACCAGUAAUGCUCUCUCUGGUCGGAAUCGCGGCGGUUUGCGUCUGUGUGGGUCUGUUGUUUAAGACUCCACCUGAAGUUUUCUAUGUUUUCCCUUCGUUCAGAUGGGAAUUGCUGGAAUAUGGAUUCAUGUGAAGAGCCGUGAACACCACAGCACCCAGUUUGGUGUAGUAGUCAUCUUCAAGACAGUAGUUUUGCUAUUUCAGUCUUACACUUAUGGUGACUAAAAUAUCCUUAUGUUGAUGGAAUCAGAUCAUUGUUCUUUGCCGGCCGAUCUCAUUUUUUUCUCUGACUUCAUAUUUAUUAGUCGACGAAGAUGGUCGGUAGAUCCUGACGAAGGCUCUCUUCCAUCUGCGUGUUGAUGAUUUUGUUCCACGGGUGGGUAGUAGCAGAACUCAUCAUUCAGCUGAGCUCCAGUGUAUGUUAUCCUUCCUGAUACAGGAGAAAUAUAGCUCAUAGCGAUCCGAUCAAUGGGACAUAACAUAAUGGUGGCCUUAAUAUUUUCCAUCAUGGACUAGCAGAUUGGAUAAUCUCAGACCUGUUGGAGAUUAUCUCAAGUAAGAGUUGUCACUUAUCACUUCUUUUAUGGUUUAGUUAGGGUUACAAAUGAACCAAGUCGUUUGUGAGUCGUAGUUUGGUGUUUAAUCUGUUGAAGCCUUGCUUGAACUGCUGCUUGUUCAUCAAUCGAGCUAAUUAUAAAGCUGUUAUCGAGGCUGGUUUGAACAUUA